GCCCGAAGCUCGGGGCUGUGGUGUGGAAGGGAAAGCUCCUCCCCCCCCAACACACGGAAGGAACGGAGAGGGAAGGGCGGACAUGGCGACGGCCGCCGUCCUCGGGGAGGCCGCGGCCGGAUAUGCGUGUACGCCUCCCUCCGCUGUGGGCCGCCACCGGCGCAGCUGACUCGGCCCGGCCCAGCCCAGCCUACCGAGCAGGAGUCGAGAGAGGCGAGGCUGCGCUUCCCCGCCCGGCCAUGUAGAGGGGGCCCGCAUCGCCUAGGCCAGCUCAGGAGAUAGCCGGCCGCCUCAGCGUGAGGGGAAAGAAGGGGGGGCAGCUUCGCCUGACAGAGGGAGGGACGAGAAGGCGGCGGCGGCGGCGGCGGCAGCAGGAGCCCGCGCUGCCUUGUGAGGCUAGAGGGUCGCGGGGGUUGGGUGGAGCCGCGGGGCGCCAUGGAGGACAUUAACUCCAACGUGAACGCCGACGCCGAAGUGCGGAAGCUGCAGGAGCUGGUGAAGAAGCUGGAGAAGCAGAACGAGCAGCUCCGCAUUCGCAGCGCCGCCGGGGCUCCGGGAGGCAGCCCCAAACGGCUGCUGGGCAACAACCACGGCGGCGGCGGAGGGUCGGGAGCCUGCACGCCGCCUCUGACCGCGGCGGCUGCCGGUGCCCCGCAGUCGCCUUCGCCGCCGUCUCCCGCCGCCGUCAGGAGCAGCCCUCUGGUGCUGGGGCUCGAGAGCCGCUGCCUGGGCCCCAACAAGGCCGGGCCCAGGCGGCCUCCGCCGAGCGAGGAAGCAGCAGGAGGAAGCGGCUCGGAGGUGUCGGGGGGAGCCGGGGAGAACGCCAGCCUCCUGGACGAAGUGGAGCCGCUGAAGCCCGACGAGCUUGAGCGGCUGGCCGGCUGCGGGGAAGACGAGACCGGCUGGUUGUAUGCUUCGCCAAAGAAGAAAGUGACUCCAUUGCAUAAAUGUAUUAGCCCACUGGUUUGGUGCAGACAGAUAUUGGAUUAUCCAACUCCAGAUAUUGAAUGUGCUAAAAAAUCAUUGAUCCAUAGGCUUGAACAGACAAUGUCAGCUCUCAAGAGACACAGCCUUUAUAGUAAUCCGUUCAGCACUGUCAAUUAUGCAAACUCCUAUAGUCCAAAUGCUGGCAGUCCCUGCAGCAGUAGCUUCAACUCUCCUUCCUCCACACCAGUGAAACCUCCUUUAGUAAAACAGCUCAUACUUCCUGGCAACUCAGGUCAUUACAAAAAUUCAGCAGAUAGAAAUCCUCCAUUGAGCCCACAAUCCUCUAUAGAUAGUGAAUUAAGUGCUUCAGAACUGGAUGAAGAUUCAAUUGGUUCAAAUUACAAACUAAAUGACUUAACAGAUGUGCAAAUUUUAGCACGGAUGCAAGAGGAAAGUCUCCGGCAAGAAUAUGCAGCUACUGCUUCUCGGCGUAGUUCUGGCUCUUCGUGCAGUUCUAUGAGGCGAGGUACAUUUAGCGACCAGGAACUUGAUGCGCAGAGCUUAGAAGAUGAAGAAGACAGCUGCCAUCAUGCGGUGCACCCAGCUGUUAAUCGGUUCUCUCCAUCACCACGCAAUUCACCGCGGCCUUCACCAAAGCAGUCCCCACGGAAUUCUCCUCGAUCUCGAUCACCUGCCAGAGGAAUGGAGUACAGCAGAGUGUCACCCCAGCCUAUGAUUACUCGUUUGCAGCAGCCUCGUCUUUCACUUCAAGGCCAUCCCACAGAUUUACAGACUAGCAAUGUCAAAAACGAAGAGAAACUAAGGCGUAGUCUUCCAAACCUGUCCAGGACAUCUAACAUCCAAGUUGAGUCUGUGAAAAACAGUAGAAGUGACUCAAACUUUCAAGUGCCAAAUGGAGGAAUAUCUCGUAUUCAACCUCAACCCUCAUCCACUCUGCAAAGGCAGAAAAAAAUGCCCCGUGUUGCCUUCAAAACCAAACAGCUACUUACUACUCCAGCUACCAAAGGAGGUAAAUUAGCUUACAGCCAUUUAAUGAAAUCCAGUUAAAUUCAGAAAAUUGUUCCCUUGUGCUUAGACUUAUGCAGUUGAAAUAAUGCAACUGGAGUCUAACAGCAAGUGCUUUUAUUGGUGAAUGAAAUAGCAUAAAUGCUCCUUUAUAGAACAUUUCAGCAUUGACUAUUGGCUAGCUGUUGACUGUUGUGAUCUUCGCUCAUAUGCUUAUUACGAAAAUAAGUGCUAAGUUUUAGCAAGCUUUGAUCUUAAAACUUAUUAUCAGCACUGUUUUAGGAUUGCUUAAAUACCUUAACUGAUAAAAUAAUCAGUCGUGCUAGAAUUUAUCCUAUGUUCUGCUUUAGAAGCAUAAGAGUAGGUUAUAUUAAGUUGGGGCAAACUCAUGUUUUCUAGGUUUAGAGAUGGUGCCUAUACCUUUGUUUUGGGCAAUAGCACUGUCCACUGUCUUGGAGUUCUCAAAAGACUGGGUAUGAUUUUAAAGAAUUCAUUGAUUACUCUUACUUACCUCUUAAUGCUAUGGUCCAUGGGGUCACGAGGAGUCGGACACGACUAAACAACAACAACCUCUUAAUGGUUUUACAAUUCAAGAAAAGUUAGUGCUAAGCUAAAUUCUAAAGAGAACAGCUAUUUAAUUCAAGUUGCCCUCUUCUUUAUUUUAAAGUAGCAGGCAUAUUCAGAACAGUUCUAAGGUUGCCUAACACUCUCCAGAUAGACCUUUCAUUAUUGGUUCCUUAGUUGUCAUUUUUAUUAAGUCGUCUUUGUAGGCUGUUUGGGAUAGCUGAACCUGGAAAACUUUUAUACUUCCCAGAAAUUAACAACCGCUCCUGGUUGAAGGUGGAGCUGUUGGUUUAGACUUUAGACAGAUUAUUUAUCCCAUUUUGUUGCCCUUAACGUCAAUAUUCUUUGUAUAAAAUCAGCACACAUCAUUUAAAACAUCUGCUUAAUACUUUGGUUCAUAAAACAUAAUUUCAAAAUAUAACUUGCAUUUGUCACUGCUAAAUGAGAUAUUUUAAAGAACAUUUUGUCUAAGUACCGGUAUUUUGAAGCAGAAACAUUUGCCAAGUGCAGUGCACUUGCAGAAUACAUGUGUAUCAUUUUCAAAUAAUUCUGCCUUAUGUCUAUUAUUCAUGUCAUUUUGGUCUGGCUCCCUAAUCUUAGCCAAAUUAUCUUUGGAGAGGAUUCUUCAUGUUCAUGUUGCUAUGACUAGGUGUGUAGAAAGUUUUUGUGUGUACAGUACAGUGUAAAGCUAGUCAGUUCAGAAUUUACAUGAUUUGUUACAAUAGUUUUUUGAAAGUAUGAUCUCUUUAGACGCAAGGUCUUGAAGCCCAUUAUCUCAGUUCUUUUUGUUCUUGGACCCAUAGCAUUGUUCUAAUUAUUUAUUGAUAUUUUGUGAUACACUCAAUAGCAGUCCAGACUAUUUGAUCAUUCACAAAGCACAUUUUGUAUCAGAAUUUUAUUUUGGACUGGGGCUUUCUGUGUCCUUACUCCUGAAACACCAGUCCUUUUUCUGCUUAGAAUGGUUAAUGGAUAGUUAACUUCUUCCUAAAUGUUCAACAAUAUGCUACUUCUCUGUACCUAUAUCAUACCUCUAACAAUCUCUUGCAUUUGUUUUGAGUACUGUAAAUUCCUUUUUAAAGCAGGAAAUGACCAGUUUAGGUUGUGUGGCAUACUUCACUGUGGUUAUUUACAAUAAGCUAUAAUUCUCCUUUCCUUCUUAUAUCAGGAUGUUGCUUGCUGAUCAAUACUAUGGGUGGGUCUGUCGGUAGACACAGAUAGAUUAUACCUAUAGGGCUAAGAUUACGCAAGGUAUUUAUUCUCAGCACAUGUGUUGUUGUUUGUCACUACAUAUUCCUCCAUUAUUAUUAUUAUUAUUAUUAUUAUUAUUAUUAUUAUUAUUAUUAUUAUUAUUAUUGCAAUGCUUGAUUUAAGUGAAGGGCCAUUAUUAAGGCAUAUACAGGAGACCAUUCAAUUUUGCCUCGAGAUCAUUAAUAUUGAUAAGUUGCAGUGUGGAUAGUCUCUCCAGAAGUGUGGGUGUUCAUAGAUGUUCUGUAAGCAAAAGGCUUCUGUGUAAUGGAAUUAACUAGGCAGUCUAUUAAGAAUUACAUAAAGCUGGUCAUGGUUUGGAGCUCAAACAAAGAAAUUCUUUUUUGAGCCACAUGCUUCCUCUUGUAAAGGACCUUUUGUUACAGCAAAAUUCACAGCUGUGUGCAAUAAGUGGGCAGAGUGGGGUGUUGGAAACUGAAAUAUUGUAUAAAGUGACCUUGGAUGGUUUACUUAUAAUUUGAAUAAAAAGGACUAAGGAAUCUAUUUUUUGUUUUAUUUUAAAGGGUAUGUGAGACUAUAAGAAUCUCCCCUCAAAAAUAAUCUUCAGUUUUAUUCAUAAAGCUCAUGUUAUAAACAUUGUUCAGUUGUUCCAAAAACCUUUUUCUGUAGCACACUGAAACUGCAUCCAUUAUUUCAUUACAGGUUCAAUGCCUUUUAAAUCCUGCGAUUACAUUUGAGGUUUCUUGUACUUUUUACUUUUCUUAUUUAGGAGUUUUUGUAGUUUGUUUUAUUGGUCUCUUCUGAAACAGUUCACUUGCUUUUGGCUUUUUGCAGUCUAGGGUGUUUGUUCAUUGUCUGAUCAUUGGCAUGUCUUGUUCCAUAAUGCCACUGUGGAAUCUUCCCCCAGAAACAUGCCAAGAAGGAUUCUCUAUACACCUUUAUCUUUUCUCAAGAUGCUGUAGCCUGUGCAAUUUGAGGGUCAUGAGAGUUUUAAGAGCUUUAAGAGCAAUUCAGACUUGGUUCUGAUGUGCACAGUUAUGUGAAUUUAGAUUCCAAUAAUUUCUAGUGUGAGUUUGUAGCAUUAUGGUUUUUUUUAUUUAUAAACCCUGCCUUCAUCAUAUUGAUUCCAGCAUGUAGUUCACUUCCAUGAAACACAAGGCCUGUGAACUAUAGCCAUAUUUCCUAGAUUUCUUAAAGGAAUAGCAUAUUAUAUUGUCUCUAUUUAAAACCUUCUCCAUUGGGGUGCUUUUAACAGUCAGACAUUGCCUCGUUUAUGGUAUACUCCCUAAUAAAUGUAUUUUCACAGUGUACAGAACAAAUUCAGUAGUAAUGGGCAUUUCUCAUACUAAAUGCAUUUUUUAAAAAAAUCUGCAGUGCAUUACAAACUUGGCUAGGUUUGCUACAUCAUCUUAUGAAUAAUUUGAAUGAGAAUGACUGUAUGCAUAACAUAUCUACCCCCAAAGAAAGUGUUGAAAAUGGUCAGACCAAAAUAGGCACAAAACUACUACUCUGUCUGUUAGCAUAACUGAUGAUAGGUGUCCAUUUUUAUACUGCCACACAUCAAAUGUCAAUCUCCUUCAAUAGAACAUUGUGAGUUUGUAGCAGGCUAUACACGAACUCUUACCUUAUAGAAAGAUGUCUAAAACAUCAAUACCUCUGUGUUGUGUUGUGUAAAUCCAUAGUACAUUGCAGGUGCUGAAACAGUUUCUGCCUAUUUUUUAAGCUGCAUUUUGUUGUUUCUUCGGCAUUGAAAAUGACAUUCUUGUUUUGAUGAUUUUCCAGUACCUUCUCCCAGUAAAUUCCGGUCCCCGGCAGCACCAUCUCCUCUGGCUCUGAGACAGCCAGUAAAAGCAUUCAGUAACCAUGGACCUAGCUCUGCUGUUCCAGAAGCUGUCCAGCUUUCACAUAGCAGCUCUUCACCAG